GGAAAGUGAAAGAGUUCCAAACGGUUGUGACGGACGAGCCAUCGUUCAAGGAUGUGAUAGGAGGCGAUCUUGUCUGUGAGUGCAGAUGAGAAACUAUCUCCCUCCUCUUUGCCUCACUCGCGGUCUUUCUCUCAUUUUGGCCCGUGAACUAUCCGAUUGUGACCAUUGCUUGUCCUAUUGUAGAUCUGUUCUCACUGAUCAAACCACUCAUUAUUUUCUUUUUGUCUUCACUGUCAUGAGCUUGAUCAUUAAUUAUGACAUCUUGUUAGUUGUUGAGGUCUUUCAGAGUUGGGCGGGGCCUUGCGAGUGCAUCAAACCUAUGUUGUAUCGCACGUCGCUAGAUAACGAGGACAUCAAGUUUUGUUGUGCGGCAGCGGAUAAGAUAGGAUCUCUCAAAGAAUACAAGGAUAAGCUGAAACCGGUCUUCUUGUUCUACAAGAAAGGAGCCCUUAAAAAAACAAUAGAAGGAGUGAAUACUCCUGAAAUACAGAAACUUCUCGACAACAUUUAAAAACAAAUUUCAGAAAAUCAUGUUCAUUCGCUGGAACUUGUCGGUAAACAUUGAGCGGUCUACCACAUGGUCCAAAUCAAGAUGAUCGAAACGAAGCACUCAAGAAGCUGAUGAUACAGACAGUAUGCAGGAGAAACAGACUGAUCUGCUCUAGGCACGAUGAGAGUGAAAACAUCUACCUCGGC